AUGACUAACGUUGCUUUAGUCGUUGGAGCAGCUAACAAUUUAGGUUAUCAAGUACUUAGAAAACUUACUGCUGUUUAUAAAGGAAAAAUUUACUUUACUACUGAAGAUGCGUCUACUGGCUACAAUAUACAGGAGGCUUUUGAACGCAUAGCAAAUGUGGAAUUCAUUCAAAUGGAUAUAACUUAUACAAAGAAUAUCAUAAGGUUAAGACAUCAUAUACAAGAUCGGGAUGAAAGAAUCGAUUUAUUGAUAAAUAACACGGAGUAUGUUCAAACAGAGAAGAAAAUAACGCACGCUGAGAAAGUAAGGAAGACGUUAAGCUAUAAUUUUUACGGUUACAUCAAUUUCGGAAAAUUAGUGUACCCAAUACUAAGUGAACACGCAAGGGUUGUGAAUGUGUCUGGUCCAGCUGGACUCUUAGCGACUAUUGAAAACGAAGUCAUCAGAGGAAGAAUAAGCGAUCCAAAUCUCACGGAAGAUGAGCUUGUAGCAAUAAUGCAGGAGUAUGAAGAAGCAGCUAGGAAAGGGAUAGAGAGAACUGAAGGGUGGGGAUCGAGUGUAAAUGCUGUGAGCAAGGUGUCUUUGAAUGCAGUCACCUUUCUGCAACAUAGAGAAUGGUCUGGAAAAGGUGUUAUGAUAAAUUGUGUAAAUCCAGGAAACAUGUUUAGUCGAGAAGGAAGAAAGACGGCAAAAGUGUACGAGGAAGGUGCCAAGGCAAUUUUGUAUUUGGCAUUGGAGGCUCCUCUGUCGAUUAAGGGCAAUUUCAUAUGGAGUAACUACAACGUUAUUGAAUGGAACAGUGACCCGUUCGUUGAAGUGACUACUGUUUAG